AAAAUUUUAAUAAAAUGGCGUCAGAAAUGAAAGAAGAGACACCUUCCACCUCAGGAUCUUCUGACGAUUCCCCUUAUAUAUCAAGUAUCCCACCUGAUAGACGGAAGCAAUACGAAAAAAUGAGAUGCUAUGAAUUUAUAUUCGCAACAAAGCAAUGCUUGUCUUCUUUCCACCAGUUUCACAAAUAUUAUAUUUACGGUCAAUUUGAUGAUUGUGCCAUUGAAAAGCAGAGAGUGAAGGAUUGCUUUAAAUGGAGAACGAGCAAGUCAAUGGAAGCCAAAGAGAAUCUUUUUAAAAGUUUAGAGGCCGAGCAGACGAAUAUGCACACGCCUGAUCCGGUAUGGAAGUAUCGAGAAAAACCACCGGAAGACUGGUGAAAGAAAUAUGUUAUCAUUAUCACACAUGAAACAGAAAAAAAACAGAAAAUAAUAUUCACACUGUACAGAAUCUGUGCUCAAUAAAUAAUUUGAUGAUAAUAAUAA